GGAGAGCUUCCCCUGGCCCUGUGCAGUUCGUGCUGCUCUUCCUGAGGCCCCCAAGUACAUCUGUACAUCAAUUUUCCUCAGUUUUUGUCUGUAACCAGCACACUGCACAACCUGGGCAGCACAACAACCAGCGCUGUGUGGCUCUUUUGUGGUUCUGUCCACCUGAAGCUCCCUGAACACCUCAGAGCCCACCAGGCCGCCCUGUCCCCUCACAGCUGCCCCAGGCAGGUCCCUGAGGGCUCCCUCAAGGCUGAGGGAGAACCAAGGUGGGACCCAGACCCCGGCAGCACCUGAAGAAACACUGGGGGGGCUCAAACGCUUUCCCCACGUUCAUCUUUGUGUUUCCCGCUUUUUUCCCUCCCCUCAGAGCGCGGUGCCAGCCGCCGCCACUGCCACCGCCUGAGGCGGCCCCAUGGAGGCCAUCCAGGCGUCCUUCCAGAAGGUGGAGAAGAUUGGGGAGGGCACCUAUGGCGUGGUGUACAAGGCUCGCAACAAGCGCACGGGGCAGCUGGUGGCCCUCAAGAAGAUCCGCCUGGACGCGGAGUCAGAGGGUGUCCCCAGCACUGCAAUCCGAGAAAUCUCACUGCUGAAGGAGCUGAAACACCCAAACAUAGUCAGGCUCCUGGAUGUCAUACACAGCCAGAAGAAGCUCUAUAUGGUGUUUGAGUAUCUGAAUCAGGACCUGAAGAAGUACAUGGACUCAUGCCAAGCUGGAGAGCUUCCUUUAAGCUUGGUCAAGAACUACCUUUUCCAGCUGCUGCAGGGUGUGAGCUUCUGCCACUCGCACAGGGUCAUCCACAGGGACUUGAAGCCACAGAACUUGCUCAUUAACGAAGCAGGAGCAAUCAAGCUGGCUGAUUUUGGACUGGCAAGAGCCUUCGGGGUCCCCCUCCGCACAUAUACUCAUGAGGUGGUGACUCUGUGGUACCGAGCCCCUGAGAUACUGCUGGGAUGCAGAUACUACUCAACCCCUGUGGAUAUCUGGAGCAUCGGCUGCAUCUUUGCAGAAAUGAUGACCAGGAAGGCCCUGUUUCCAGGGGACUCCGAGAUAGAUCAGCUCUUCCAGAUCUUUCGCACUCUGGGCACUCCCACCGAGGUGACCUGGCCUGGUGUGACCCAGCUCCCUGACUACAAGGGCAGCUUUCCCCGGUGGCCACGGAAGGAGAUGAAGGACAUUGUUCCAAACUUAGAUCGAGAUGGGAGAGACUUACUGACGCAGUUGCUCCUGUAUGAUCCCAGCAAGCGCAUCUCAGCCAAAGCAGCUCUCAACCACCAGUACUUCCUCUGCAGAAACUCUGGGAGCCCUGAACAGCCGCCUGUGCUGCGGAGGGACUGCAGAUGACAGGACACAGCUCUCCCCAAGCUCUUGCACCUCCAGGUAGCACUGCAGAUGUGGUCUGGGGCACUCAGCAGGGGCCUGGCUGGAUCCCAGGGUCUUGCUUCUUUUGAGGAACCUGGAAGGGGACAUUCUUGGCAUUUAGAGACUUUCAGUCUGUUGCUGGGGGAAAGUUUGGGUUACAGCUUGGAGAGCUGUUUUGAAGUGGUCAUUUGCAAAAGGUCAGAAUAAUUUAUCAGCAUAAACCACUGAAAUGUAUAGAAAAGAGUGUUUCUCCAAGGUUUGUUCUUCCACUAGUAAUCUAAGGUGACACACAGUGACUUCUGUCUCCAGCACUGGAGCAUCCCCAGGUCUGUUGGUGGCAGUUGCUGGCAUCAGGGAAGGGGAACACUUCUCUGCUCAGCCCUUUGCUGCUGUUAUCAACCAGGCUUCUUAGCACUAAAAAAGCUGUUUAGUCUGAGCUGUUUAAUAGAGCUGACAUCCUGCACCUUCACAAGCUGAAAAGCACUAUCAGGUGUCUUAGUUUGUGCCUUAGCUGUGACCAAGAAGCCAGAAGAUCCAGUUAGCAUAAAAGCAGAUCCACUUAGGAUAAAGCACUUGCUGCAUAUGACUGGAAACAGGGACCACCUAAACCACUGGCUUUCCAUCAUCAUUCCAGCUGUAAUGCUGUUUCCCUUUGCUUUAUUGCCUUGGAAAUGUUUUUUGCUGUUCAAAUGUUUGGGGGAUUGUCUCUGACUCUUGGUGUGGU